AUGACAUCAGACUAAAGCCUUGAUUAUUUUACAACAGAUUUGUAUGUUAUGGGUGAUAAUAAAGAGUCUUAAUGUGGUAUUGACAACUAGGACUACAUAAAUAAAUUAACAAAAAUUAAUCUGCCAAUGGUAAUAAGAGAAAUAGCAUGUGGAUUGGAACAUACUUUAAUAGUGACAAAUGAAGGGUUGGUUUAUGCUUUUGGUUCAAAUUUGAAGGGACAACUAGGAGUGGAAAAUAUUGCUGUUGCAUGGAAUAAGCGAUUUGAAUUGCAUAAAGAUAGCAGCUGGAGAAUACCAUUCUUGCUUAUUGACAGAGAUGAAAAUCAAGCCUAUUAGUGGGGAAAUAAUAUUCUAAAACCCUAAUUCAUAAGACAGGCUUCAAAUAUUAAAUGUGGUUUGAAUUUCACAAUCCUUUAAGACGAUUCCCUAUAUCUAUAUAAAAACUAAGUCUUGCAGCCUUUGAAAAUAAAAUCGUAAAUAUCAGAAUUUGCUUGUUCUGCAUAUAACUUGUUUUAUAUGGAUGAUAACAAUACUUUAUAUUUGCAUCCAGAAACCAAUGGUUACCAUCUAUCAUUAUUGACAGAUGAAAAUAAGUUGUAUUAUUAUUUAGAUAAACAAUUAAUUUAAGUCAAUGUCUAACCUAAUAAAAUAGAUAGUUCAUUUGGAAAAGAGUUGGCCAUCGUUUUGGAUGAUAAUAAUAAAGCUAUUAUAAUAAACUUAAAAACUUAACAAUAAAAGCAAUAAGAACUUGUGUUUCAUUCAAUAAGUAGUGGUGUAAAUCAUCUUAUAUUGAUUGGAAAUAUUACUAAAGGGUAGAUUUAGAAUCAAGAAUUAGAAGAGUCGGUAUAGAUUGGGGAAGAUGAAGAAGAUGAUGAUUCUAUUUUGGAAGGAGAUGGCAUGAGUCCAAUUACCACACAAAAAACCCAAUAAGAUUAACUUAUGAAUACUUAGUAAAAUAAUACUUUUUCAUUUUCGAUUAGGAAGGACCUCCAAUUGUUUAAUAGCAUUAAAACAAAUCACAAAGAGACUUAGACUGAUGAUAAUUUAUACGCUAAAUUGAAAAAUGAAAAUGAAGAAUUAAGAACAAUAUUGUUGCAGUAACGAAAGAAUUUAGAGAUAUAAAUCUAAUUUUAAAAGACAUUACAAGAUUAGAUGAGUCGAUUGACCUAAGAAAAUCAUUUGCUGAAGUUGGGAUAAAAUAAAAAUCAGUUGUUGAACUUGAUCAAAUAGAAAGAGCAAAACCUAAAAAAUUUGAUUGAUGAAUUUUACUAAAAGUAAAGGGAAUUCCUAUAAAAUAAGAAAUGA